GAGCGUCGCCCGCUGCGAGCGUGACGCGCUAAGUGGAGGGAGUGGCCGGGCAGUCGGCCGCCAGCUGUCAGCCAUGCCGGUCGCCUCCGCCAGGGACUUCUGGAGGCGCUUCGACCAGCGGCCCACCACCCACGGAGACCCUCCGUCGCCCGUGUGGUCCUCGAUAUACUGCACCAUUAGAGAGCGCCGACGGAGCCGUUCAAAUUCCACUACAGGAAGGAGCAGGACGCCUUCCAGCGUAUCCAGUGGUCGCACCACCCCAUCCCCAGGUCCCAGCUUGCUCUCACCACUUAAUGGAAGAACCAUGUCUGAUGAUUCCCUUUCCCAGACUAGGAUCAACAGUCCACCAAGAUUGAUGAGUCGGGUCCCACGAAAGUACACUACAGUCUGCUGGCUGGAGCCUUGCAAUGUUCCUGUCCAUUAUUCCAGUACAGUUUUAAUAACUCUGGGUUCAACCAGGAAAAGGUACACUGAAGACAUCAGAUUUCAGACACGCCUGGGCCCCAAGAAGAUUCAGUGAAUCAGUGGAAACUCCAGUCUCUCGGCAUUACAUAUCUACAAUAGAAAUACCAUGCAAUCCAUACAAUCAUCUGUUUGAUGGGGAGCUGUUACAAGUCCCUUCUGACUCUGAAGCUUAAUUUAUAUAAUUUUUAGUACUUUAGCUUCUGAAUGAAUGUUUAAUCUAUAUAAAUGAAUAUUAUUUACAAUCGAAAACAUGUAAAUGAUAAAUUCCAAAUGAGCUUCAAAUAUAUAACAGAAGCAUGUUGUAUGUGCUACUCACCAAGCUUUAUACAUGAUAAACUGUCCUAUUUUCUAGAAUGUUUUAGCUUCAUCCAACUUUGAAGAUUGUGUGUUCAUACUGUAAUGCAGUGCAUGUGUACAGUGUUGCCAAUGCU